GGCGGGGCGGAGCGGAGCAGCCGUGCCUUCCGGGUCGCAAACGGAAGUGGGCGAAUUUGAAUUCUGCGAGCCGUUGGAUGGGGCUGCGCCGGGUGGGCGUACGGCAACGCAGCGCUAGACACGGGCGGUCACGCAGCGGCCCUGGGACUUCUGCUCCGCGCCUGUAAAAUGAAUGAAAAUAAACCAGAUAACUCACAAAAUCUUGCUUGUAUUUUCUGUCGAAAAAAUGAUGAUUGUCCCAAUAAAUAUGGAGAAAAGAAAACUUAUGAGAAAUGGAAUUUCAGUGUCCAUUAUUACUGUUUGUUAAUGUCAAGUGGAAUUUGGCAGAGAGGUAAAGAAGAAGAAGGAAUUUAUGGCUUUCUAGUAGAAGACAUAAGGAAGGAAGUCAAUAGAGCUUCUAAACUGAAGUGUACAGUUUGCAAGAAAAAUGGUGCUUCAAUUGGAUGUGUUAUACCCCAAUGUAAACGAAGUUAUCACUUGCCCUGUGGACUUCAGAAAGAAUGUAUUUUCCAGUUUACUGGCAAUUUUGCGUCAUUUUGCUGGAAACAUCGACCAGUUCAAGUAAUUACAUCUAAUAAGUACCGAGACCCUUUUCAAUGUACCAUCUGUUUAGAAUACAUCGAGCCUAUUCCUACUUACAACAUAUUGCUGAGUCCCUGUUGUAAGAAUGCUUGGUUUCACAGAGACUGUUUACAGGUUCAAGCAAUAAAUGCAGGAGUGUAUUUCUUUAGGUGUACACUAUGCAAUAAUACCGACAUCUUUCAGAAAGAGAUGUUGAGAAUGGGAAUUCAUAUUCCUGAAAAGGAUGCAUCCUGGGAAUUAGAAGAAAAUGCUUAUCAAGAGCUGUUGCAGAGCCAUGACCGAUGUGAUGUUCGAAGAUGUCAUUGCAGAAAAGGGCGAGACUAUAAUGAACCCAAUGGCAAAUGGGAAGUAAAGCGCUGUCAGUGUUGUGGAGCUAGUGGAACACAUUUAGCCUGUUCCUCACUACAGUCAGUGGACCAAAACUGGGAAUGUUUGGACUGUAGAAGAAUCACCUACAAUUCAGAUUUCCGAAAGGCCCCCAAACACCCUUUAGCCAACUCUACUAAUGUGACAGUUACUGAUUGCUUGUUGGAAGAGUCAUCACCUAAGCUCCCCAAACAGUCAGCUGGAGCCCAGCAUAAAGAAUUACUGAGACUAAAGCAAGAAGUUCAAUUAUCAAGCACACCAUGUCCCUCUAUGAAAGAAUCCUGUUUAACACAAAGGCAAGGCAGCAAAUUUAGGAGAGACAUUUCAACAAUAUUGGUAGAGUUGGGAUUCCAAAUUAAAAAGAAAGCUAAGAGGUUAUUUAUCAACAAAGCCAAUUUGUGGAGGAGUGCCUUAGAGCAGUUCCAGAGCCAGAAGUUUAACCCUUUGUACACCAUGGAAGUGGUAUAUAUUAAUGAAAAGGAUAACUUUGGAAUAGAGCUUCCUGGAUCAAAGCAGGAAUUUCUGAGCCACUUAAUGCAACAUCUUGAGACAUCAUCUCUGUUUGAAGGGUCUAUGUCAAAGAACUUGACUCUAAAUUCUCAAGCUCUGAAGGAGAACCUUUAUUAUGAAGCUGGCAAAAUGCUUGCCAUUUCUUUAGUUCAUGGUGGUCCUUCACCCGGUUUUUUUUCUGAUACUUUGUUUAACUGUCUGGCUUAUGGACCAGAAAAUACUCUACCAAGUUUGGCUGAUGUUUCAGACUUUGAUGUGGCGCAAAUUAUAAUCAAGAUAAAUACUGCAGCCACUAUCAACAGUUUGAACUCAGUAAUAAAUGAAUGCUCUAGUUAUCUAGAGUUUAUUGGCUGUUUAAGACUUAUAUCAUCACUAAGUGAUAAAUAUAUGUUGGUAAAAGACAUCCUUUUCUACCAUGUAAUUCAGAGAGUCCACGCACCCUUUGAGAGUUUUAAGCAGGGUCUGAAAACGCUUGGUGUCUUAGAGAAAAUUCAAACUUAUCCAGAAGUUUUUUAUAACAUCCUCUGUCAUAAACCUGAGACUCUCUCUGCAAAAAACCUCAGUGAUCUUUUCACAGUCCAUGGAUUACCAGAUGUACAAACAUUGAGGUUUUGGAAGAGUUACUUACAGGCUGCUGAAGAUGGUAAAUCUGCAACAACUGUGGAAGACAUUCUUAUUUUUGCAACUGGAUGUAGAUCUGUUCCACCUGCUGGAUUUAAACCAUCUCCUUCAGUUGAAUGUCUACAUAUGGAUUUUCCUGUUGGAAACAAAUGUAGUAACAGUCUAGCUCUACCAAUCACCAACACAUAUAAAAAGUUUCAAGAAAAUAUGGAUUUUACCAUAAAAGACACUCUAAGACUAGAAAAGGAAGAUGAGUCUCACUCACUACCUUGGACAUUAAAUGUUUCUUCUAAUGAAGAAAUGCUUCUUUAAAGGCUGCUAUUGAUAAUUUUAUUUCUAUUAAUUAUCACCUUUGAACAUUCUGACCAACUUCUUGGCUAAAUAAAAUUUAUGACUAUCUUAAAGGGAUGUUUUGACUUUUGAACCACUGAGGGUUUGGUCAAAGUAUUCUAGUCAUAUUUGGUGAUAGCUCUCUAUUUCUGUCGUUUCUUCAUAACUUCAUAUGAAUAUCUUUAGAAUAGUUGUACAAACUAUUCAGCUGUACAGGUGCUCAGCUAUAUUAGCAUGACAUAUGAAAAAACUUUCCUUGCUUUUUAAAUUACAAUUACCUCUAUAGGUUAACAUAGCUUUUGCAGUUUUCAAUUUCUUUGUCUAUUUGUUUUGUUUGUUUUUUGUUAUUUGUUUUUCUCUACAUAGUCCUGGUUGUCCUGAAACUGGCUAUGUAGACAAGGCUGUCAAUUUUCUAUAUCUUAAAGCAUUAAGUAGAAAAGUUGAAAAGUCAUCUCAUAAAUCAGAGCUAUGGCUGUGCUUUACUAGGAUUUACUUUUUAAAUGUUUUUGUAAUUAAGUUGCCAAUACAACAAUUAAGUAACGACUAUUUGGAAAUCCUUUAUAAAAAGCAGAGCUAUAUAAAUAACUCUGGAACCUGUGGGUGCUCCAUAGGCAUAAAAGCACUGCUGAUGUGUUUUCAGAUGUACUUUUAAAGACUUAGAAAGUACAUCUCAUUCAGUGCCUUGCAUAGUCAGUAUGUUUCCUGUCCGAAUAAUCACUAGACUGUCAGGUCUGCCUACAUUGCAGCUAUUUAUUAUCAAGAUUGUUGUAUCUGAUAAGAUCUCACUGUAGCAGUCUAUAGUUAACUUCUAUGCUUUCAAAAGAUACAUUGUAUAAGCAAUGAAUAAAUAAUUUAAAACUACAAAUAGUAAAAAUAAAAACUCUAAUUUUGCCUCAUAGAUAUAAGUAAUGUAUUUUGUAUAUUCUUGAUAUAAUAUUUAUUUUUCAAUUUUUAUUGUUUUGUGAUAGGAUCUGUCUGUAGAGCCCCACCUGUUGUAAAUGUUCAGCUGUCCCCAUGUAGUCACUUAGGUGCUAGGGUCAUGAUAUAUACCAAUGUGCCCAGCAGUGUUUACUUUCUGAGUAUAUGAAUGCUACCGGGAGUAACAAGGAAUCAUGUAAUUAAUAUCAAUCGAAAAUAUAUUUUUUCUUAACAAGUCAUCAUGACACACACUUUUAAUUCAUGCAUUCAUGCUUUUGGGGGGCUAAGGCAGGAGGAUCAAGAGUGACAGAGCAAAUUUAAGAUCAUCCUGGGCUACCUGAGACACUGCCUCAACAAAUAAGCAGAGGAGCCAUUCAUAGUAUGGUCUUCAUAUUUGUGGCCUUACAAAUCUAGUGCUCUAAUCUAUUAUCAGAUAUAAGGAAGACAAAGCACCCCCUCCCCAAGUUUCUAUUUAAAAAAUCAUGGGAUGGUAAGCAAAAAAAAAUUUUUCAUAUUUUUCUUGAUACACAAAUCAGAUGUCUGCUCUUGCUCAUGUACUGUUAACCCCAGAAAGCAUUCUUAAGUAACAGGAUCUUAAUGCCAAAGGAAAAAACUGAAAUGGAAUCAGUGUCAUUUUUCUUUGUUACCUCAGAACCCUUCAAGUUGUAUUUAACAUAACUAAUAAAGUUCCUUUUUUUAAAAAAA